AUGGCUGCUCCCGCCCCCGCAGACCAAGGUCUCCAAGACCGCAUCCUCAGCCACAUGAACACCUCUCACACGCGCGAACUCACCCAUUACCUCCGUCAUUACUGCGGCCUCACCCCGAGCCAGGCCCGGGGAGCCUCCCUGCGAGACGUCACCCUUCAGGGCAUGCGCAUCCGCGCCGGCGGUGCCGACUACGUUGUCCAUUUCAAGCCCGCUUUGCAGUCGUGGAACGACGUGCGCCCCCGAGUCAUUGAAAUGGAUGCCAUUGCCCGCAAGAGCCUAGGCAUCAGCGAUAUCUACAUGACGGCAUACCGCGCUCCUCGGGUCGCUGAUGCUCUCGUCAUGGCGUCCGUCGCUUUCUACUUUGUCUCCUUCCUCGCCCUGCCCUGGAUCGUGCCCGGCUCUUCCAUCUGGAGUAUCCUCACUGCUUAUUUCCCUGGUGGGCCUGAAAUGUUCCGUUGGUCCGUCAAGCUUAUUUUCUACCCCGUGCUUGCCAUCCACUUGAUUGAGCCUAUGGUGCUGGAUGCGACGAGGCUGCAGAAGCAUGGUGUGGAUAGGUGGUCCGGCCAGUGGUGGAUGUGGGUAGUGAGUUGUUUCUUUGAGGGCCUCAUGGUGUUUAAGAGGUUUGAUAGCGUGAUUGCUGAAAAGAGAGCCCAAAAGGAAGCGAAGAAGCAUUAG